GCGGGUCCACAGAUGAGGGGAGUCGAGUCUCCCGCGCCCCACCAUCCCCGGCGGAGCUGCGGCUGAGCCGCUUGUUUUGCGUCCUGACUGCCAAUAAAGUUUGUUAAAAAAAAAUCAUAGUCAUUCUUAAAAGAGCGAAAGAGGGCGCGAGCCAGCCGGGUGGCCGCGCCGCGGGAGCCGGCGCGCUAGGAGGAGGAGGAGGUGGUGACGGCGGCGGCAGCGGUUGCGCCGCGACCAGGAGGAGCCGGUCUCGCCGGGCUGCGGGUCCGCUGCGGCGGGGGACGGGAGAGAGACAUCUGUGUGUGAGAGAGAAACAUCAAUCAGUUGCCUCCCGUAAGCACCUGGUCUGGGGACAAACCCGUAACCCAGAUUUAAGAUAGAAGAUCUGAUCACCUGGAAUUAAAGUUGGUACAGAAACCUUUUCAACUCCAGAAAUGUUGGAGGAAGAUAUGGAAGUGGCCAUCAAGAUGGUGGUUGUCGGGAAUGGAGCUGUUGGGAAAUCAAGCAUGAUUCAGCGAUAUUGCAAAGGCAUUUUUACAAAAGAUUAUAAGAAAACCAUUGGAGUUGAUUUUUUGGAGCGACAAAUCCAAGUUAAUGAUGAAGAUGUCAGACUAAUGUUAUGGGAUACAGCAGGUCAAGAGGAAUUCGAUGCAAUAACAAAGGCCUACUAUCGAGGAGCCCAGGCUUGUGUGCUUGUAUUUUCUACCACAGACAGGGAAUCUUUUGAAGCAAUUUCCAGUUGGAGAGAGAAAGUAGUAGCUGAAGUUGGAGAUAUACCAACUGUACUUGUACAAAACAAGAUUGAUCUGUUGGAUGAUUCUUGUAUAAAGAAUGAGGAAGCUGAAGCGCUGGCAAAAAAACUAAAGCUGAGAUUCUACAGAACAUCGGUGAAAGAAGACCUAAAUGUGAAUGAAGUUUUUAAAUAUUUGGCUGAAAAAUAUCUUCAAAAACUCAAACAACAAAUAGCCGAGGAUCCAGAAUUAAGGCAUUCAAGUAGUAACAAGAUUGGUGUCUUUAACACGCCAGGUGGAAGUCACUCGGGUCAGAAUUCAAGUGCCCUCAAUGGUGGAGAUGUCAUCAGCCUUAGACCCAACAAACAGAGGACCAAGAAAAACAGAAAUCCUUUUAGCAGCUGCAGCAUACCCUAAAAUGUUUUAGGCAGAAAACGUCAUGCAGUUCAGUAAGAACUAUUCAGUACAUCAAACUGUCAUGGUAUAACAAGAUUUUUAGCAGACCUUGCACCUAAUGGCUCUCCGGAAGGUGGCAGGCUUAAAUAUUGUCUUGCAGUGCUUUUCAGAAUGGAGUAAGAUCUUUAAUGGAAAAAUUACUGCCCUAUGGACACAUUUUUAAUUUUUUUACAUUAGACGAAGCUUCUCCUGUUUUUGAAGGAAUACUGUAAGAACUGUCAAAAACAGGUUUUGCUGAAUUUUAAAUGCUAGAAAACAUAAAUGAAAUGCCUAAAUAUAUUGGUACAGAUUUUAAUAUUAAGGGUCAAAGAAAGAUAGCAAGCACUCUUUGUCUGAAAUUGAUCAUCUAGCUUUUGUGGAGAAUAGUAUUGAAUCCAAAUACUUAC